AUGACAAUACCCUUUCUUUCUUUCUUUCUUUCUUUCUAUCUUUCUUUAUUUCUAUCUUUCUUUCUAUCUUUCUUUAUUUCUUUCUUUAUUUAUUUCUCUUUCUUUCUUUCUUUUUUUCUAAACUUACUAGUGUUUUUCUUUUUUUUUUUUUACAACAUGCUUCAUUGUUUUUUACGUAGCAUGACAAUACCCUUUCUUUCUUUCUAUCUUUCUUUAUUUCUUUCUUUCUAUCUUUCUUUAUUUCUUUCUUUCUAUCUUUCUUUAUUUAUUUCUAUCUUUCUUUCUUUCUUUCUUUCUCUAAACUUACUACAUGACAAUACCCUUUCUUUCUUUCUAUCUUUCUUUAUUUCUUUCUUUCUAUCUUUCUUUAUUUAUUUCUAUCUUUCUUUCUUUCUUUCUUUCUUUCUUUCUUUCUUUCUUUCUUUAAACUUAGCAGUGUUUUUUUCAUUUCCCUUCUCCCUCCUCUUUACUUCAUUCUUCACACCACCCACUUUAUAUCCAUUUAUUGUCGUCUUCCUCCUUUUCACCUCUUUAUUCCUAACUUUCUUCUUUCCUUUAUUUUUUUUAUCUUCUUCCGCCUCUUUACCUCUUUUCUCUCUCUCUUUUCUUCUUUCUUACCACAUCCUCUCUUUCUUUUUAUCUUUUCUUCUUUCUCUCCACCUCUUUAUUCUCACGUUCCCUCUUUCUCUCUUCUUUUCUUCUUCCUCCUCGCCAAAUCUUUAUUCCCGUUUGUCCCUUUUCCGCCACCCAUUCUCUUCCUUCUCUUCUUUACCAUUUUAUUCACAACUUCAACUUUCCCCUCCCCUUCUAUUCUCUCUCGUCUUCAUUCUUUAUUCCUACUUCUUCACUUUUCUUUCCUUUUCACUUAUUUAUCUUUUUCUUCUUCUUCUUCUUCUUCUUCUUCUUCUUCUUCUUCUUCUUCUUCGUCACUAUUUUAAUCCAACCUUUCCAUUUCCUCGCACCUCUAUCUCUCUUUUUCUCUUCUUAAUUCUCACAUUCUCUCUUGUCUUCCCCCAUUUUCUACCAACCUUUCCCUUUUCUCACCUCCUCCUUCCUUUUCACACUUUUAUUCCUCCCUUCCCCUUUCCUUGCACCUUCUUCUUUUCUCUUCUUAAUUCUCAUAUUCUCUCUUCUUCCCCUCUUCACCCUUUUAUUCAAAUCUUUCCCUUUUCUCUCAAAUCCUUCUCUUCCUCUUUUUCACCCUGUUUUUCAUCCCUCCCUUCUCUGUCCCUUACACCUUCUUCUAUCUCUUUUUCACUUCUUUCCCCCACAUUCUCUCUUUCCUUCUCUUUUCACCUCUUUAUUUCCAUUUGUCCUUUUCCUCCCUGUUCUUCUUCCUCUUUACUGCAUUAUUCACCUCCUCCCUCGUUCUUCCUUUCUUCCGCCUAA